AUACAAAGAAACCUCUGGAAAGGUAUAGUAAAUUCCAUUAACUUGUAAGGUGCUGGAAGUUUUUAGAAGAAGUCUCUCAACGUUUUCGGAACUUUCAAGAUUCUUAAACAUUACCCCCUUUUUCUCUAUAUAAAUUGCACCAAUCAAACCCCCAAACUCAAUCAUAGAAAAUCAUCAAUCACACACUAAAGAAGAAGAAGAAGAAGAAGAUCAUCAAUACUACAUAGUAUAUAGUAUGAGGGUCAUCAGCAAAUUAACAUUGCUCAUCAUUUCAAUUGCUUGCAUUUUUCAGGUAUCAUCACUAAGCGCAGAUGGGUCAUCACUUGUACCACUAAUCAUAGACCAAAUGAUAAGCAGCAAUCCGGCUAAUACAUUUCUUGAUCCAUUCAAAGUUUUAGAACAAAUACCAUUUGGAUUAGAAAACACUCUGCUCGCGAGAGUCGACUGGAAAGAGACGGCGAAGGGACACGUGAUCAGCGUAGACGUACCUGGAUUGAAGAAAGAUGAUAUAAAGAUCGAAAUUGAAGAAAACAGAGUGUUGAGAGUGAGCGGAGAGAGGAAGAAAGAAUUAGAGAAAAAUGAUGAAGAGAAUCAUUGGCAUUGUGUUGAAAGGAGUUAUGGAAAGUUCUGGAGACAAUUUCGUUUGCCUGAAAAUGCUGAUAUUGAUACAAUGAAAGCUAAGCUUGAAAAUGGUGUGCUUACAAUUUCAUUUGCUAAAUUGUCUGCUGAUAGAAUUAAAGGUCCUAAAGUUGUAUCUAUUGAGAGUAAACAACAAGGAAAAGAGUCCUCUCUUAGAGAAGAGCUAUAAUUUUAUGAGUUCAUCCUCUGUUUCUCUCGGUGAUAUGUAUGAUGAAAAAAAAUGCUAAAUAUAAUCAUAUUUUGAAAUAUUA